CCCGGCGAUGGGAGCCCGAGAGCGGGCCAAGGGCCGGCCCUGAGGGCAGCCGCGACGGCGGCUUUAAACUGCGCGGGCCGGCGCACCUGUGGGCGUCCUCUUUCCAAACACUUUUUUCUCCGAGCCCCGCCAUUCUACUCAGCAUGCUGUGGUGGGUCCUGUCAGCACCCUGCAUCCCCCACUGCUUUUCCAAGAGAGGAAAGUGUGUUGCCUCUUCUGACCCAGGAGUCUAACUCCAAAGCCCGGAGAGGUAUAUUAAGAAGAGCUGUCUUUUCCGAAGACCAGAGGAAAGCUUUGGAGAAAACGUUUCAGAAGCAGAAGUAUAUUAGUAAAACAGACAGGAAGAAACUGGCCAUUAACCUGGGUCUAAAGGAGUCUCAGGUGAAAAUUUGGUUUCAGAAUCGAAGGAUGAAAUGGCGAAACUCCAAAGAAAAAGAAGUGCUUUCGAACAGAUGCCUUCAAGAGGAAGGUCUUCAGGAGAACUACCUCUCACGAUCCACCAUGAAUUUUACCUCUCCAUGCCCAUCUGUGUGGGAAGUGUCUCAGGAGCAGGCAAGUCCUAGGUGGAGGGAGAAUUCUCCAGGAAAUUCUGAAAGACUGACUAGUAUACAACCACCUUCAAGAGCAAAUUCAUCACAGAGUCCACUGUGUUUGUAUCCUGACCAAGAUACUGCAAAUAAGGCAGUUACAUCAUCAGCAUAAGGAAAUAGGGGCAGUUUGUAAAUUGAGUGGAGAGCACAGGCUUCAAAUGAGCAGUCUUCUAAGACUAACAGUAUUUGGACAUUGUAAAGCUAACUAGUUUAUGCCUCAUAAAUUUGCUAAAGUCUAACACCAUUAAAUUGACAAACAACUAAUGAUUUAAGAAGUAUUCUUCAAUACUCAGUCUUUUGUUGUGUCUUUUCCAGUCUUGUACUGACCUUAAAAGUGAAAUAGGAACUGAUGGUAAGUAAAAUGGAGUGAAGAGCAUGAAGCUGAAGUUGUGCUCUGAUUUAUACAUCUGCACUCUAUAUGAUAUUCAUUAAAAACACACUGAUAAUCACUUUUGCCUCUCAUUGUGGUCAGACCAAUUAAUUUCGUUUGUACAGGAGAUAAGAAUAACCAUGUUUCCCGCAAGACAGUAAAUUGCUUUGGGUUCUUUUUGAAAUUCAUUAAAUGAUGCAAUACAUUCAUAUUAGA